AUGUUAUUUUACCUUCACAGGCAUAUCAACAGUCAACGCUUUUAUAGCAAUGCUGGCAGAAAGAAAAGUAAAGUUCAUCUCAAUGACCAGCUGAUACCAAAACCAACUGAUAUAAAUAUAGCGGAGAAAAUGAUAAAGAUUGCAGCUCCAAGGGAACAUCCUUAUUCAUCCCACAUCUCCCGAUUUGCAAUGUUCCCAUCCUUCCGCUCUCCAGAUGACACUGAGACAGGAGUGAGACAGCUAAACAUUCUUCACAUUCUUCACAUUGUCAUUGCAGUUAACUACUACAUAGUUUUACCUUACAACAAUUUCCUCCAGCACACAAACCCAAUGAAGGGAGAAAACCACGUGUUGUACCCCAAUCCUCCAAAGACAGUGCUGCCCAACCCUAAACCUUGUGACUGGGAUUUCUCGUCAUCAGAGUGGACAAGCAACAUGUUGAAAAAUUUGGAGAGGAUACACUGGGUCACAUCUUACCAAAUGCACUACACAGGAUCUGGGCCAGCAAAUCCUUUGAAGAUAAAUUACUUUAAGGAGAAAAUGAGUGAUCAUGCUGGGAUGAAUUCACAUAUUGCACCACAGAGAGAAAGGUCUUAUUCUGUGCUUGUUCACUCUAAACCAAAACAAGGAUGUAGAAGAAGACAGGAAAGCUGUGUGGGGAGGAGCACCUGUAGUCCCACUGCUGCUGAACACCUAAAUCCAUCUUCACCUCCAAAGCGAGGCACUGCUACAGCUACUAUAAACCAACAUGGGCCACAAGAGAUCACAGCAAAGCAUAAUGAGGCAGAUUUAAAUCCAAAGGGCUAUAGUCAAUCAAAGAACAGCACUGGCUCCACAGAGGCACAGAGAGCUGAGCUGUCCCAGGAGGUCUCACACAAACAACAAACUGAGCGCAAAAGCUCUGCACAUGAGGACAAGAAGAGAGAAGCCAGCACAGUCCAAUUUGAUGAUAGUUUCAUGCAAUUAUCCAUGUCACAGAGCAGCCAAGAGGCUAACACUGCCUGGAUGGCAGACACAGAGCGACCCCUGGACCUGCACAACCGCCCACUUUCCCAGGGAGAGAAAAGCCUGAUCGAGCUCUGUGAUGAACCAAGCCGCAAAAAGCAGUAUUUUAAAGUUGGAGGAAAUUCAUCUAGUCACAGUCAGUCAGCUGUAGCCAAAAACCAGGUGGGUAUUGACUCAAAUACUGAGUUAUUAUCCAGGGCUGCUUUGGAGCAGGAUAAACUAGCAAGGGUCAGAGAGCUGUCACACAUUAUCUCCAACCCCUGCGUCCUGCCAAGGCAUCCAGUCCUCCCUGGUAUUCACCCAGUGGACAGAGUGGGGACAAUGGGUAGAGGAAAUUCAGCUCUCAGUCUCCUGGACCUUCAAAAUUCAUUCAGUAAGUCAGAAGCCCAUCACAACUUCAACAGCUCCAUCACACGUGCUGCUGUGAGCCUGAGGGACAAUGUAGUUACAGGGAAAAAACACGACUUCUACGGGAUCAACUGCUACUACCUCCGUGGAUGA